AUGAGUGAAGUGGAAGAUGAUGAGAUAGAGCUCUUGCACUGGGGCAUUCUAGGCACAGGAUGUUAUGCCAAGUGCUUUGUGGGGAACCUCAAUUAUCAUAUGGGCAAAGAAGAUCCAAAUGGCCCUCAUCGUGCAUUAGUCGGCGUAGCGUCCUCUCGUUCGGAAGAUAUGGCUAAGGAGCUCCUCGACUCAUUUGACGUUCCCGACUGCACGUUGACAUUUCGCGACUACUCGGAGUUAGUUCACAGUAGCCUCAUCGACGUGGUGUUCAUUGCCACACCACACUCCCAUCAUUUCCAAAAUGCUUUGCUGGCCCUCGAAGCUGGAAAGCAUGUCGUCUGCCAGAAGAGCCUGACAGUGAACGCUGCACAAGCCAAGAAGCUGUUCGAGAUUGCACAGCGGAAGCAACUAUGCCUCAUGGAGGGAUGGUGGCUGUGGUGGCCACAAGCAAGUAGAAAGACCUGUCAGCUGCUUAGAGAGGGAGAGAUUGGAGAAGUUAAUCGCAUAGUUGCCAACUUUGGCAUCAGAAACAACUAUUGCAUGUUCCGCUCCGAGAGUGGUCGACUGACUUCGAAAGAGCUUGCUGGCGGGGCGCUCUUGGAACGCAAUUUGGCCCUACAUUGGAUACUUCGGGCUCUCCCAGGAGGAGCGAGUCGCCCAACCCAGGUUACGUCUACCAUGAAGAAGUAUCCCAAGUCAGGCGUCGACGAAACCACCACUGUCGAGAUGAUCUUUUCGACAGGUGUACGUGAAAUACAUGCUAAAGCAAGCGCCAGCCUAUCUACCGCAGCCGGCUCCGACGGACAGCUCGCAUAUGUGAUUAUCGAAGGCUCUAAUGGCAAGAUCGAGAUCCAUGGAUGGGAAACGAUACCAACAGAGUUGUAUGUCUUCAAGAAUAGAUAUAGCCUUUCAGAGCUCUAUAGAGAGACACUCCAGGAGGCAGAGCCGUUGUUUAUCCCGGAGGCGGACGAGGUCGCACGAUGCAUCCGCGAAGAGCUCCUGGAAAGUCCCGAGAUGCCUUGGGCGGAGAGCCUACUAGUCAUGGAGAUCAUGGACUUGGUGCGCAAGCAAAAUGACCUACACUACCCGCCGCAGAUUGAAACGUCGGAGCCCUCUAUCAGUCCUCUUUCUAAACCAUUGUGGGGAUGGUUGUCAAGCACGGGGCACCAAGUAUGA